AUGGCCGCGGUUGUCAUCUCUGCGACCAGUGCCCACGCCAACUGUGAAGGUAACAACUGCAUUCGGGCUAUGAUCAACACGAAGCAUGUUCCGAACCCGACGGCCUAUUGCCGGUCCUACCUUGCCACUACUGUCACCUCCACAGGAACAGCUGCCUAUCCUACGGACUGGGUCAACUGCCAGGGUGACCCUUUCCAGCACAUCACCAUGGGAAGAAACAUCGACUCCGAUCAGCUUGGCCCCUACCGGAUGGACAUCAUUGAGUUUUACUAUGCCAACUACAGGCGCAACAGUCACUGGUACCGUGGCACAUACCAACUCCUCGACCUCGACACCAAGUGGCAUCCCAGCGACUCCUAG